AUGGUCGAAAAACCCUUGAGAGCGGGAAGGGACGACCAUGGCAGAAAAGGAGCAGGAGAAGAUGAAGAGAAGAAGGACGAGGGUGGCGGAGAGGAGAAGAAAGACGAAGGUGACGGAGGAGGUGAAGAGAGGAAAGAAGGCGAAGAAAAGAAGGAAGGUGAGGAGAAGAAGGAAGAAGGUGAGGAAAAGAGAGAAGGUGGAGAGAAAAAAGAAGGCGAGGAAAAGAAGGAAGCCGAAGAGAAGAAGGAAAGCAAGGAAGGUGAAGAAAAGAAGGAAAGUGCAGAGAAGGAGGCAGAGGAGAAAAAGGCGGAAGAAAAGAAAGAAGGCGAAGAGAAAAAGGCAGAGGAUAAGAAGGAAGGAGAAGAAAAGAAGGAAACCAGCAAAGAGAAAGCAUUGAGCAAGGAGGGCGAAAUGAAAGCAGAAGGACUGGAGAAGAAAAGCAGGGAGCAACUCAAAUCAGAGGAAAAGAAAGAAGGAGAAGAGAAGGGAGAGAAGGAAAGUGAGAGCAAAGAAAAGGUGCGUUGA